UUGGUUUAUUGUUUUCUUUUCUUUUCUUUUAACAUCAUCCUCGCACAUCGCCUCACCAGUAUAUCCAUCGCAACCCUCUGGAGUGUCUAGCCGAUUCAAACCAGGCCACCCGGGAAGCCUUCACUCGCCAAUGUGCUGACUGGACCAGUUAGCAAUUGGGCCGUCUUUGGCGCAUACGAUACAGAAUAUACGAUACUUCCUUUCACUCGUUUCGGCCCGCCUACCACUCAUUUGUGUUCCUCCUCUCUCUCUCUCUCUCUCUCUCUCUCUCUCUCUCUCUCUCUCUCUCUCUAAAUCGCCGCCUUCCGACGUUGAAUCAUGGCAUCCAAGAGGAAAGCUGCCGCGAUGGCAGCUGGACCAUCUGGUGAAGAGCCCGUAGACCCUUCCGAUGAACUCAUGUUUCUCUGUCUCGGCGGCGGAAACGAGGUGGGAAGGUCAUGCCACAUCAUCCAAUACAAGGGCAAGACGGUCAUGCUUGACGCAGGUCAACACCCGGCCUACGAUGGUCUCGCCGCCCUACCCUUCUUCGACGAUUUUGAUUUGAGUACUGUUGACGUCCUCCUAAUCAGCCACUUUCAUGUCGACCACGCCGCAUCCCUGCCCUAUGUCCUAGCAAAGACCAAUUUCAGGGGCCGCGUUUUCAUGACCCAUCCGACCAAGGCCAUCUACAAGUGGCUCAUCCAGGACAGUGUACGAGUCGGGAACACCUCGUCUAACCCGACAUCACAACCUGUUUAUACCGAAGAAGACCAUCUCAACACCUUCCCUAUGAUCGAGGCCAUCGAUUACCACACCACCCAUACCAUCUCCUCUAUCCGCAUCACGCCUUAUCCGGCCGGCCACGUCCUCGGCGCGGCCAUGUUCCUCAUCGAGAUUGCAGGCCUCAAGAUCUUCUUCACCGGUGACUACUCCAGGGAACAGGAUCGUCAUCUCGUCUCGGCCGAGGUGCCCAAGGGCGUCAAGAUGGACGUGCUCAUCACCGAAUCUACCUACGGCAUUGCCUCCCAUGUGCCAAGGCUCGAGCGAGAACAGGCCCUCAUGAAGUCCAUCACCAGCAUUCUGAACCGCGGAGGCCGAGUCCUGAUGCCCGUCUUCGCCCUUGGCCGAGCACAAGAGCUGCUGCUUAUCCUAGACGAGUAUUGGAGCAAACACCCUGACUACCAGAAAUAUCCCAUCUACUACGCUAGCAAUCUCGCCCGGAAAUGUAUGGUGGUGUAUCAGACCUACGUCGGGGCCAUGAACGACAACAUCAAGCGUCUUUUUGUGGAGCGUAUGGCCGAGGCCGAGGCUUCCGGGGAUGUCAGCGGUAAAGGGGGUCCGUGGGAUUUCAAAUUCAUCCGGUCCCUGAAAAAUCUGGAUCGCUUUGAUGAUCUCGGUGGCUGCGUCAUGCUUGCUAGCCCUGGUAUGCUGCAGAACGGCGUGAGCCGAGAGCUCCUGGAGAGGUGGGCGCCCAACGACAAGAACGGAGUCAUCAUCACCGGUUACAGCGUCGAAGGAACUAUGGCCAAGCAGAUCAUGCAGGAGCCAGAUCAGAUCCAAGCUGUUAUGAACAGAACAACCGCGAGCGCUCGGCGAGGACCCGGCGGGGAGAGCGAGAAGGUCUUGAUCCCCCGGAGGUGUAGCGUCCAAGAGUACUCGUUUGCCGCUCAUGUAGACGGCACCGAAAACCGAGAGUUUAUAGAAGAAGUGGCUGCCCCUGUUGUGAUCCUUGUGCACGGCGAGCAGCACAACAUGAUGCGUCUCAAGUCAAAGCUGCUCUCGCUUAACGCAGGCAAAACUGUCAAGACAAAAAUCUUUAGCCCAAAAAACUGUGAAGAACUUCGCAUCCCUUUCAAGCAAGAUAAGACAGCCAAGGUCGUCGGCAAGCUGGCCACCAUCCCGCCUCCGACCAGGGUCACUUCCGACAGGAGCCAGAACCCGCAGCUCAUCACCGGUGUUCUCGUCCAGAACGACUUCAAGCUCUCCCUCAUGGCGCCCGAAGACCUUCGCGAGUACGCCGGUCUUAACACCACCACCAUCAUCUGCAAGAAGCGUCUCAAGUUCACCGCCGCCAGCAUUGAUUUGAUACGCUGGGGUCUCGAGGGCGUCUUCGGCACCGUGGAGGAACUGCCCGAGAUGCACAAAACCAAGCGUGGAAGCACCAACGGAGCUGCUAAUGAAGGCGACCACGAUACCGCAGCGAAUGCUAAGAACGAAGAGAACGGCGACGGUGUCGAGAAGAACAAACAGGAGGAAGAUGUCGACGAAGAACUCGCCAGCCUCGUCGCCGCCUAUCUUGUCAUGGGCUGCAUCACUUUUCGCUAUCGGAGCGAUGGAGAGGUUGAACUCGAGUGGGAGGGCAACCUCCUCAACGACAGCAUUGCUGAUGCCGUCUUGACCUGUCUCUACUCUGUAGAGUGUAGUCCCGCGGCAGUGAAGCGCUCCGCCGGACAAGACGUCACCCCCCUACCCGCCCGUAACCCCCACGCCAAAGUUACCCCAGAGGAACGUCUCGAGCGUUUCCUCAUGAUUCUCGAAGCCCAAUUCGGCGCAGACAACGUCAACCCCGUGGCAGAACCAAAACUCCCACCCGUGGAAAAUGACGACGAGGAAGAGCAAGAAGAGAAGCACGACGCCUCGGGCCCCACCACGAAGGAGGAAGGCGAGGAAGACACCCCCAUGCAAGACGCCACUCCCGAGACUGAAACCGCAAAUGACGACGAAGCCAAAGAGCAGCGCAAGCGGGAGAAGCUCGAGCGUCGCCGUCGCGCCGAACUCGACCGCUUGCACAAGAUGGGUAUUCCCGUCCCCGGCAUCCGCAUCAAAGUAGACAAGAUGGAGGCCACCGUCUGGUUGGAGGAUCUGGAGAUUGAGUGUAGCCAUAAGGCCUUCGCCGAUCGCGUCAGUCGCGUCUGUGAGCGUGCCGCCGAGAUUACGGCACCUCUCUGGGGUUAAUGGUCCAGAGGGCCGCUGUUCUGGGGAUGGGUCUUGGGCUUGGGCCUUUCUUCCCCUUCUUGCUCCUUGUAUUGUACUGUGCGAUAUGGUUAUGAGGAUAACUCUCGAUGCCAGUACAGGAGAGUACUACUGGCGAUGGCAGUCGACAAAGGGAGCAUGCAUUGAUGGAACUAUUUCCUGGGAUAUUGACUGUACUUUAAACCCAUGUCCCUUUACCUUUUACUGGUACUCGACCAUUGAAAUCAAGCAAAGAUUCGGGAAUGAUUUGUCUCGCAACGCAAGUAAGAAUGAAUUCAAAGACUACGAAGACUGACACAGGCACGGAAGAGAAUUGAGAAAUCGGA